AUGAAUUGGGUAAAUGAGAGCAUCAUGCAGGAGUUUAUCCUGCUGGGUUUCUCAGAUCGACCUUGGCUGGAAUUUCCACUCUUUGUGAUCUUGUUGAUUUCUUACAUCGUGACCAUCUUCGGCAAUCUGACCAUUAUUCUAGUGUCACGCUUGGACUCCAAACUCCACACCCCCAUGUAUUUUUUUCUUACCAAUCUAUCACUCCUGGAUCUUUGCUACACCACAUGUACAGUCCCACAAAUGCUAGUUAAUUUAUGCAGCAUCAGGAAAGUGAUCAGUUAUGGGGGCUGUGUGGCCCAGCUUUUCAUAUUUCUGGCCUUGGGGGCUACUGAAUGUCUUCUCCUGGCCGUCAUGUCCCUUGAUAGGUUUGUAGCUAUUUGUCGGCCUCUCCACUACUCGGUUCUUAUGCACCAGGCGCUCUGCCUCCAGCUGGCAGCUGCAUCCUGGAUUACUGGUUUUGGUAACUCAGUGUGGCUGUCUACCCUGACUCUCCAGCUGCCACUCUGUGACCCCUAUGUGAUAGAUCACUUUCUCUGUGAAGUCCCUGCAUUGCUCAAGUUGUCCUGUGUUGACACAACAGCAAAUGAGGCCGAACUAUUCCUUGUCAGUGUGCUAUUCCAUCUAAUACCCCUGACACUCAUCCUUACAUCAUAUGCUUUUAUAGUCCGAGCAGUGUUGAGAAUACAGUCUGCUGAAGGCAGACGAAAAGCAUUUGGGACAUGUGGCUCCCAUCUAAUUGUGGUGUCACUUUUUUAUGGUACAGCUACCUCCAUGUACCUGCAACCACCUUCACCCAGCUCCAAGGACCGGGGAAAGAUGGUUUCUCUCUUCUAUGGAAUCAUUGCACCCAUGCUGAAUCCCCUUAUAUAUACACUUAGGAACAAAGAGGUAAAGGAAGCCUUUAAAAGGUUGGCUGCAAGAGUCUUCUUAAUCAAGAGAUAA